AUGGAUAAUAAUCUCAACUUUACUAAUAAUGGAUUUAAUAGUGAUUUACAAUCACAAACAACUGAUUUUCGUUCAGAAAAUUCAAAUAUUAAUUACCAUAAUGCAAAUACUUCUUGUGAUUACAAUAACGGGUAUCCUAUGGCGAACGGUGGUGCUACUGGUGUAUUCCCGGCUUCUUACACCAAUACACCUGCUUACACCAAUGCAUCUGGCAACGUUAUUAUUUCUGAUUUGUCUCAAACUUAUCCUAACGCUUCAUCAAAUUCCUCACAUCCUCCACAAUAUAAUGGGCAGAAUGCAACGCAGUUCAUUCAAAACAAUUCUUCCUUAUUUAACUCGCUUAAUACGACUAAUUCUUCUCAAAUUAACCAUUCUGACAUCUUUACAUUUGACAUCCCCGGAAUCAAAAUUAUCAUUUUACCUACUUUUUCUCCGAUGACUUAUUCUUCUCAAGCGAACCAUUCUGAAAUCUUUACAUUUGAAAUUCCCGGGUCUAAAGUUAUCAUUAUUACACUUUCUUUCCAAUGAUUCAAAUGGCCUAUUGUUGAAAUCUACAUUUUUCAGGUUCAAACAUAUCUAUUCUCUCUCCAACUAUAGAUAUCCAUCGAAUAUGGUUACUUGAAACUCAUAA